AUGCACAAGCUGCCGAAGGAGGAAAAAUCGAUGCGAUGGAGGCCGCCCAAAUUGCUCAGAUCGCUGGUAGACCUCAAGGCGCGAACCAAUGUUGGAAUUGUCAGCGAAUGUCAGGAACAGGUUCAGCAAACUCCCUUCUUUGAAGACGACGAUGAUGAUGCCGCCGCCGCCGCUGCUGCUCCGGCCGCCGAUGUCACAAUCCAGCACAAAGUUACAAGCGUCCAGACGCCCCUCUCCACUAGUCCGUCAGAACCUCAAGACCCCGAGGCGUUCUUCGGAGAGUCGUCGACCUUCGCCUUCGUCUCCAAGGUUCAAACGACGAAUGCACCGCGACAGGCCCUCACGCCCGCGAAUAAACGCCGCCGCCUAUCGAGUUCACGCAGCUCUCAGACUCACAGUCUCGAUCCCGGCCUGACCCCCCGAGACUGCGAGGACACGUAUGGACUUCCCUCGAAAGACCUUGCGGACAGCCUUGUGGACUUGUACUUCAACCACGUGCAUCGCCUCUACCCCUUUGUUCACGAGCCAAGCUUCAGAACUCAAUACGAACGAAUGUGGACCAGCGACGGGGAUCACUCUGACACGAAAGCCACCUGGCUGGCGGUUCUCAAUCUCAUUUUCGUUCAUGGGUGCGAGUUUCACGAUCCCAUCGAAGGGAGAAGUGCCUCACAUUCGGCAACGAGAUUCCUCGUACGGGCUCGAAACAUUGUGUUUGCGCACAUCUUCAAGGAAGGGAAUUUGGAGCUCGUCCAGGCCCUCCUUUUGAUGUGCCACUACCUCCAAGGCACUCUGGAGCUGACUGAAUGCUGGAGCCUGAGCGGACUCAUGAUCAGAACCUCCAUCAGCAUUGGUCUCCACCUCAACCCUUCCCCUGCCAUGUCCGCCGUCGAAAGAGAAGUCAGGAAACGUGUGUGGUGGGGUUGCUUUGUGAUUGACCGCACUUUGAGCAUGAAGUUUGGCAGGCCACCUUCCAUCCCCACGGGGAAUGCGUCAGAUGUCGAGCUUCCGUUGCCCGUCGACGAUCAAUAUAUCAUGAACGACUCGAUUACGCCUCGGCAGCCUGCGAAUCGUCCGUCAUUGACGUCCUUUUUCAUUCGGACGAUCAAACUCGCACAUAUCAUUGACAGCGUCCUCCUCAAACUGUACUCUUCGUCGACAAAACCGUGGACUUCGACGGUGCCGUCUCCUAACAAGCAGGAUCACUUCACCGAGAUAUUUGGCCACUCGGUGCUAUUGGAUGGGGAACUACUGUCCUGGUGGAAUGGCAACCCAUCCCAUCUGAAAGACGAGCCUGACUAUCCGGACGGCCCUGAUUUCCAGCGACAGCGCAAUGUCAUGUACAUUCGGUUUUUGAAUGUCCGGCUGUUGCUCCAUCGUCAGUCAUUUCUGAUAUUCAGUCGACAAGAAAUCGAAGACAGUUUCCACAGAGAUGUGGCCAUUGCUUCAUGCAACCGUUGUAUAUUAGCUGCCCGCGAGACUAUCAGGGUCAUCUACUCUCAGUAUCGUCGUGGGCUGCUGAAUUCUCUGUGGUACAAUCUCCACUGUAAGGCACCGCCCACGCACACUGAGUCUCGACUAACAUCUACAGACGUAUUUACUGCUAUCGGAGUGCUCUUGACGUUACAGACGAUGGAAAGAUGGAAGCUAGAAGCGCUGGGUCAGAUCGGGCUGGACGAAACCCUGGAGCUAGGCAUGGAAUUUUUAAAGGUGGCCAGCAGUACCAGCACGCUGGCAUCGAGGUACCUGAUCCUGCUCGAGCGCAUCCAGACUCAAGCGAGUGGUCGGGAGACUCCCCUUCCCGGUCAGCCCUCUAGUCAAGGCCAUCUAACACAGCAUCAUCCGGAUAAUUCGGACCCGGCAUUGCUGCCGGCAGACAGGACUCCCUUGCAGCGACCACAAGACGAAGGUCAAUUGCUGCUCAGCUCGGAUCUUAUCGACUUUGACGACUUGCUCUUUGGAACUGGUCUUCCGAGGGAUCUUCUUUCGGCUGAUUGGUCCGGCUUUGACCCCCUGUGA